AUUUAGGAACCCAAAACGACAGCUUUUCUUUCCCUUUUUUUCCCUUCACAUUUUACGUUCUGCAAUUCUUUCGAAUCCAUUAACGACCUUUGUGAAAUCAAUCUCUAGUACAACUGCGGGAAGCAUACUUUUGUCGAGAAAAAAGAAAGCGAGGGUUCAACAGAUCAGUUGCAAGAGCACAAUUAUAGCAUGCAGUCACAAAAUAGGCAACUGGGUUAGAGCGUUUUUAAGGGCUUGGGUGGACGCUGCUAGUUGCCCAUCUGUCAUUUGAGAUAAGAUUCAUUGAUUUUGAAAGGUCGUAGUAUCAAGGUUUAGCUGAUGCUGCUCAUCCCUUCACUAAAUCUUGGUAUCAACAUGACGCUUUAGUGCCUUGGUUUGCAGCAAUUUCAGGGUCAGCAGUGUUGAAUCUCGCCUUAACUGCUUGGAAAAGCAGAUUUGGUGAAAAGCUUCAUAUUGAGAUAUGUUACAAGUAUUUAUUAGUAAAUAUUUCGUUAGGAGUUAAUUUGGGUUCUCCCAAGAAGGGAAUUAAAAUGAGUGAUCGUUUGGUUGGAGGAUUUGACCUUAACUUUGCUGUUGAUAAAAGAAAUGAAAUUCAAGACUAUAUUGAUGAUAGUUUAGCAAGCAGUGAUGACUUGAAAGUGGAUCUAAGUCAGCAUGGGAAACUGGGUUCCCCUUCACUGCCUGUAGAUUUCUCAUAUGGCAAAUCUUCUCAUGAAAAAUCUUAUCCUGUGCCAGCUGAAUUUGAUCCUGAUGAUAUUAGAAAUACAAAAUUUGACUGUGAUCAAGAGAGGACUCAGUCUCCAGUCAAGAGCAACUAUUCCCAAGGUGAGAUGGAUGAAUUGAAUGGCAAUAAUUUGUUUAACUCCUCUCAGUUCAAGGCACAAAAGUUUUGUGGUGAAAAGGGAACUAAAGAUUCUGCCCAUUCACAGGAGUCUCCUCUGAUGGUUGAGGAAAACCCAGGAGAACAAAUGGAGACCGAUUCUGGCCUAGGCAGGCCAUCUAUCUGUAAUGAAAUAGAUGGGGGAGGAGGUACUGAUACAGCACAGUUGUUACCUUCUCCAAGGUCACCCUGGUGCAAAGAUGAACCUAAGAAUGGUAGUUUAUACCACUCCAAAAACUCCACUGCUGAGAACAAAAAGCUGGGCAUGCAGUCUGGUAUGCAAUCUCCCAAGAGAACGCAUAGACGAUCAACCUCACUGGUGAUGGAGAGACAGAUGCUGGUUUCACCUGAAAGGUCUCCUUACGCACACCACUCAGCCAAUAGUCAGAAGGCAUCGUCUUCUCAACAAGGUUUUCGAGACUCAUCAUAUUCACCCAGGCCACAAAGGCAUAAACAUUCUUCAGCUGAAAGGUGUAGCCUGAAUAAAGGGGUUCAAUCCCAGGAUCAUAUAUCUUCUGCCAGGGAAACUUCUACUUCUCCGCUGAUGUCUCGGCACAGUUCCAGGCGUAAGGAUGAUUCUUCUCAGAAGGGAAUAUCUGCAUCACAAAAAACUAGUUACUCACCCCCAAACUAUAAAAGACGGGACAGAUCAGUGUCAAGGUCACCCAUUCAGCGAAGAGAUCACAAGAGAGAUUAUCGUGACAGAUCUUUAUCGAGGUCCCCAUAUUCAAGAACUCGUUAUAGAUCCCCAAGGAGAAGGCCUUCACCACGGCGAAGAUCUCCUCCAUUAGGGUAUCAUUUGCACCAUCGGACCCCAAAGAAGAGACCCUGGUCUCCACCUCGUAAUAGGCGUACUGGAGCAGGGUUACCAGGUAGAAACUUAUUUAUUGCAGGCUUUAGCUUUUUGACUACGGAAAGAGAUUUGGAAAGAAAGUUUUCUAGGUUUGGUCGUGUGCGAGAUGUCCGUAUUGUUCGAGACAAGAGGUCUGGGGAUUCGCGUGGAUUUGGAUUUUUAUCUCUGGAAAGGGAUGAAGAUGCAGAUGCAGCAAUAAGAGCUCUUGAUGAGACUGAAUGGAAUGGGCGGAUUAUCCUUGUGGAGAAAUCAAAAUCUUAAGGGCCUCGAAGUUUUUUGUACAAGCUUAUGAUUAGGAUGCUAGUUAUCAAGUUAGAACUUGCUGAAAUCUUGUCCGGCAGUUGAAUUUUGUUUCUUUAUCGCACAAUAUUCUUGCACAAAAUUCUCUAUGUAUGUGACUUUCACCUAAAUGAAAAUAUUUUAUCUCGACCACAAGACAAAUCCUUUAAUGUGUUA